UACUUUAGGUACCUCCUCACCGUAGCCUCGCAUACCUAUCAUUUCUAGCUGCGCUCGUUUGUUCGCUCGUUUGAACUAAUAUGUACACGUCGAUGCCUUCCCGUGAUUCUUCCCGUUAGCUGUCGUGGCCUUGUACUACUUUUUUGCUACCGCGUACUUGAAGUUGACUUAAACAGGUAGGUAUCUAGGCAUGCGUGGGUAGGUACCUCGCAUUCCCGUCCCGUCAAGAAAUAUUUCACCUGAUACGUUUUUACGUUGCCUCAUAGCAAGUCCUUUAGCCACUUAUUCAGGUCCAGCAUCGUAUGUGCGAAGAGGGUGGAUCGGCCAACAGCGUCUAAGCCGUCCGGCGCUCGACUUUCGAGGAAAAAAAAAAAAAAAACUUGUCUGAUAGCGGCGGGGCAAAAAUCUUCAAGCUCGGAAUGGCACAGCAAGGUUGAAGUCAAAACAAACGGGCACUUUAGGCGAGGCAAGAGAACAUAAAUACAGUACAAUGCGCAAAAUCAAGUUUUUGGCAACUCGUCUCAUUAACGAGCUGAGAAAGUCCAUAUCCGGAAGCAUUACCAACCUCAGUGAGCCCCUAUACACCGCGAGCACCCAUCCACUGCCAGCCAUGUCUAGUUCUACGACUUCCCUAACCCUCAUCUCCUCUCUCCCCAAUCUCUCAGUCUUUCUCUCCUCGAUCACUCCAUCCACCACACUCUAUCUGGACUUUGAGGGCAGAGAUCUUAGCCGUAAUGGAACUCUCACUAUCAUAACUGCGCUUGUCUAUCCCACAAAUGCAACAAGCCUUAUUGACAUCCAGACCCUCGGGGCUUCCGCUUUCACUACGUCUAGUGUCACUGGAAAGACUUUUAAGGCCAUCCUUGAGGACCCCCUUAUCCCUAAGUGUUUCUGGGACGUUCGCAACGACGCCGACGCUCUCUGGUCUCAUUACCACGUCCGUCUUGCCGGAGUGACCGACAUACAGCUCCUCGAGAAUGCCUCUCGUAAGGAUGAUAAAACCUACCUCCAUGGGCUUGCUACAUGCAUCAGGAGAGACGUGCAAGUGAGAAACAUGGUGAAGCGCCAUUGGGCCAAUACCAAGAAGGAGGUGACCGCUCUCAUGGAUAACGACGUCUUCUCCUGCCGUCCCUUAGACGACAAGAUGAUGCAGUACUGCGCUAAUGACGUCGUCCACCUACCUGCACUACGCGAGACCUACUCCAAGCGCCUUAAUAGCCAAUGGACGCGGAUGGUUAAGGACGAGAGUGCGCGACGUGUGGCCGAUGCCUGCAGCCCUGCAUAUGAGCCUCAGUCGGAUACGAAAAAAUUCGGGCCUUGGGGUCCCGCGAGAGACAAAAAACGGGCGAAGAAGUUGAAUGUAUAUGAUAAUGAUAUGGAAUAUGAUAUGUACGACAGCGACAACGACUUUAUUAGCUACAACAACUACGAUGAUGAGGACGACGACGAUGACUACUACUAGGAUGGCUAGGACUAUGGACUGUAGAGAUGCGGCGUGGGACGAGACGGUUGAUAGUUGUUGGGAGAAGUGAAUUGAUAGAACCCCUUUUUAGAUGCUGUUGUUCUACACUAGGAACUUGACGUAAAUAGAUUGGCGCUGGCGGGUGAACGAUCGAUAUGAAGAACAAUAAAGAAAUUCAUGUUAACUACUUCGUAAGUGGAGUUAACUAAUACAGAUGCUCGUCUUUGUGGUGAAUACGUCAGCUGAGGUAGUCAAACUACCUACGAAGAACACGGGCAAACUCUCAACCUACC